AUGGCUCUUGAUAGACUCAAGCAGACGGCUGCUAUCGUCUCAGGCGAUACGGGGCCGCCGUAUCCGCUCGACCCUCUUACCGAAGCCGAGAUUGAGACAGCAGUCGCAAUCAUCCGCAAGGAGCACAAUGGCCUCUUCUUCAAUACUGUUACAUUAUGGGAACCCCGAAAGGCGGAGAUGAUGGCUUGGCUCCAAGAUCCCAAGGGCACACCACGGCCUCACAGAGUGGCAGACGUCGUCGCUGUUGGAAGAGGAAGCAAGGUGUAUGACGGCAUUGUGGACCUGACCGAAGGAAAGAUCGUGAGCUGGCAAUUGACUGAGGGUGUUCAGCCCCUUAUCACCAUGGAAGAUCUCCAGAUCGUUGAGUCCAUAGUGAGGAAAGAUCCCAAGGUCAUUGAACAGUGUGGCAUCAUUGGCAUUCCCCCAGAGGAUAUGGACAAGGUCUACUGCGAUCCCUGGACAAUUGGCUACGAUGAACGCUUCGGAAGCAACGUCCGCCUCCAGCAAGCCCUCAUGUAUUACCGCCCGCACAUAGAUGAUAGCCAGUACAGCUAUCCCCUCGAUUUCUGCCCCAUCUUCAAUGCAGACACACAAGAAAUCAUCCACAUCGAUAUUCCACCGGUACGGAGACCCGUCAACAAGGCGCCACCGAGCAAUUACCAUACCGCAGCGAUUGAGGCCGAAGGAGGUUACAGAACGGACCUUAAGCCCAUCAAUAUCACACAACCAGAAGGCGUCUCCUUCAAAAUGGACGGCCGAAUCAUCAGCUGGCAGAACUGGAAGCUACACAUUGGUUUCAACUACCGCGAAGGCCUCGUCCUCUCCAACAUCACCUUUAACGACAAAGGCAAUGAACGGCCCACCUUUUGGCGCCUCUCCCUCGCCGAGAUGGUUGUGCCUUACGGAAACCCCGAGCACCCGCAUCAACGCAAACACGCCUUCGAUCUGGGCGAGUACGGAGGCGGCUAUAUGACCAACUCGCUCAGUGUGGGCUGCGACUGCAAAGGCGCCAUCCACUACAUGGACGCCUCCUUCGUGAACCGCGCCGGGCAAGCUACUACUAUCAAGAACGCCAUCUGCAUUCACGAAGAGGACGCCGGUAUCCUUUUCAAGCACACCGACUUCCGCGACAAUAGCUGCACCGUCACACGCGCCCGUAAACUCAUCAUCUCCCACAUCUUCACUGCCGCAAACUACGAGUAUUGCGUAUAUUGGAUCUUCCACCAGGACGGCACCAUCCAGCUCGAAAUCAAGCUCACGGGGAUCUUGAACACGUACGCCAUGAACCCCGACGAGGAUACGAAUGGCUGGGGCACGCAGGUCUACCCCGGAGUCAACGCACACAACCAUCAGCAUCUCUUCUGUCUACGAAUCGAUCCCAACAUCGACGGCCCCGAAAACACCGUCUACCAAGUCGACGCCACACGCUCCGACGCCCCCGUCGGCAGCGAUGAAAACAAAUACGGCAAUGCUUUCUACGCAAAGAAGACACGCUUCGAAAAUCCCGUGCAAGCACAGAGCGACUACAAUGCCGCUACGAGCCGCACGUGGGAUAUCUGCAACGAAAACAAGUUGCAUCCUUACAGCGGGAAGCCCGUCUCGUACAAGCUGGUAAGCAGGGAGGUGCCAGAGUUGAUGCCGAAGGAGGGAGGACUGGUGUGGAAGAGAGCGGGAUUCGCAAGGCAUGCAGUGCACGUUACCAAGUACGACGACGACCAAAUCCACCCGGCCGGCCGACACGUCCCGCAAACGUCGGGUGAGCCCUCGCAAGGCCUCCCCGCCUGGAUCGCCGCCAACCCGACUGCCAACAUCGCGAACACGGAUAUCGUUCUCUGGCACACGUUUGGCCUCACGCACUUCCCCGCCCCGGAGGACUUCCCCGUCAUGCCGGCGGAGCCGAUGAGUCUCCUUCUCCGGCCCAGACAUUUCUUCCUCAGGAAUCCGUGCUUGGAUGUCCCACCCAGUUAUUGUAGUGUGCCGAGUGGGGUUGAGCAGGGAGGGGCUUUGGUGGAUAAGAUCUCUCGGUUGGCGUUUAGGGAGGGGAGCUGA